AUGAAGUCUGUUUCUGUGCACAAAAGAGAAGAAAGUGAAGAAAAGAAUGAUGGUGAGGAUAACGAGGAUGUUGACGGAGAAAACGAAAACUCGGGGGAUGAAACAGUUCUAUUGCUGGAUCAACGCCUGGAAAUAUCAGGUGCAAUAGAGAGAAUGGAGGUGGAAAGAUUCACAGAAGAAUUCAAUGGGCCUAAAGAAACGAAGGCAAUUGAAAUACCAAAAGGUAAAGGAUCUCCCCUAGGUGAAAUACCAAGAACUGAGGCAUUUAUCAAGAAAUUCAAGGCUGAUGCUUUAAAGCAGCUUGACAGAGUUCUGUUCAGCACAGCUGGGAAGGUCACUCUUAUAAGAAACAACAUAUGUGUUUUAGACAUCGAGAAAAAAGGAAAACGUGAUGAACUUGUAGAGAGAAUUGUAACAUUUUUGUUAGAACCCAAAAGCUUUGGAGCGCUUGUUCCUGACAGCAGAUCAAACUGCUCUACAACCCAAAAGGCCAACAACAAGAGAUAUUCAGAAUCGGAAAAUGAAACAGAGAAACGAACACCACGUUCAAAGGGGGCUAAAGCGCAUAGAAAAAUCUUAAGGGAAGAUUCAUCGGAUGGCGAAGACAACAUGGACAAAGACAGAAAGGACCUUUCGAAUUCAGAAAAUAAGGCAGCAGACAAAGAAGAUGAAAGUGAUAAGGAAGGUGAGGAAGAUGAACCUGAUGAAGAAGAUACCAGUGGUGAUUCAGAAUCCAAUUCAGAAUCAAAGAAAGGUCAUAGAAGCCAAUCUAAAAAAACAUCCAAGAAAGCUAAUGCUAAAAAGACUACAAACAGAGAGCCUGAGAAGAAAUCUUCAGCUAAAAAACGGAAAUCCUCUAGUAAGAGUGAUGACAAGUCAUCAUCUGAAGACAAACCCCUCUCAAAAAGACAAAGGCACCACCUACAGAUGAAGAAACAAAGUUGUAUGCAAAGAAAUUUUGGAAGGAGCUAA